CUGAUGAUCCGCCUCGAGCACCGCGCCACCAACACCACCCGCGUGCUGGUGCGCGCCGACACGCCCGUGCGCCUGGUGACCGUGCAGCACGUGCAGCAAGGUACGUGCGGCUGAUGAUCCGCCUCGAGCACCGCGCCACCAACACCACCCGCGUGCUGGUGCGCGCCGACACGCCCGUGCGCCUGGUGACCGUGCAGCACGUGCAGCAAGAGCACACAGAGCCAGUGGCGGCGCUGUGCCUGUGCCUCGCCGCGGAGGCCAUCCAGCGCAUCUGCUCGCGCGGCGUCGCGCGCGCCGGCGCCGUGCCCGCCCUGCUGCGCCGCUGCGCCGCCAUCGCCAGGGUGGCGCUGCACUGGGGCCGCUGCAUGCGGCAGGCGAGCGCCACGCUCGCCUUCUCGCUCUCAGAAGACGGCCGUCUCUCUCUCAAGGUGGCGAACAUCCCGCUGCGCUCGAUCUGGGAGGUGACGCUGCGCAUCGAGCUGGCGGAGUGUGGGGCGGGGGCGCCGCACCCGCGCGCGUGCGACCUCACCGUCACGCCCGUCGUGGCCGCCUGGGCGCCUGCGCACUCCGAGCUGCACGCCCUCGCCGCCGCCGUGCCCGCCGACUGGGGCCACGUGCCGCGCACCGUGUGGAAAGUGUUCAAAUAUCUGAAGAACAAGAGGCCAGAAGACGAUUUCCUCACCUUGUAACAUACACACACACAAACAGACACACUGCAAUAAACCACUGUCAUGGGCGAGACUUGAACUCGCGACAGUGAAUCACUAGCCCAUGCUCUGCCAACUGAGCAACCGAGACCCGACCAUUACCGUAAGGAUCCUGUACGUCUCUAGAUCUCAGAAGAAAAUCGUCGAAAGAUUCUACAAUUAAUCACUUAUCAAAUCAUGAAACCUGUUAAAAAAUCUGCGCAUUAUUAUGUAGUCGCAAUAAUAGAUUUUAUAAAAUUCGCCAAAACCAGUAGAUACGGCCUGAACAUACUGACUCACAUAACUAACUAUUACAUAACUUAUAGAACUUAGUUUAUAAACUUAAGCGCAAAAUUUGAUCUAUGACCACAAGACUGAUUUUAAAUACCUUACUAACACUAACAUUACUAUAACUACAAAAGUAAGUAAACCAUUGAACUGAUAAAAAAAAAAUGUAUGAGAAUGUAUUAGUAGGUUGUGUCCCACGGGAGCAAAAUGAGGCUUUCCAGCGAAAGUUUGUAUAGAAUCCUGAGCAUAGUGAGGGGUUCCAGUGUACACGCCAGGAAAUAAUUUUGCGACCCUGUCACACACUCUGCUUUUCACAUUAAGUGUGAGAGAGAGGGUGGUUGCUUGACAAAUGUAAGUAUAAGAGUCAGUUUAAGCUACGUCGGUAGCGAUUUUGAUUACACAGAGUAUGAAAGUUAAAAAUGUCAUUAUUUCAUAGAGGUAUGAAGAUAACCCUUUAAUCAGUAGCGGCAUAACCACAAAAUGAAAAGUUUGAAAAACCCCCGACAUGGUGGAUCGAUUUUCAUGAAACAUGGCUAAGAACUCUUCAUUUUCAUUUCUUUAUUAGCAUUCACACACUAUACAGUCUAUAUUAUAAUAUACAGUACAGCAAAUGAAACCCCUUGAGGUGUAGCAAAAGAUAAAAUUACAGAAUAGUCAAUAAGUCAAGUAACUCCCGAAUAACUCAGCUUUCAAAUAAAAACUAAAUCUAAAUCUGUUUAUUCGUUCGGGAGCUACGAUGUCACUGACAAACACUACAGACAGACAGACACGUCAAACUUAUAACACCCCACCGUUUUUGCGUCGGGGGUUGAACAUACUUUCCGUCAUACUUGAAACAAAAACGCAUCUACAAUAAGAAUUACAGUUCAAAAUCGAAUGAGUAGAAACAAACGUUAAGUGGUUAACCCGUAAAUGCAUGACCUUGACAAAGAUUUAUUCAAAUUUGAAUUUUGACAUGCUGUCAAUAGAGUCAAAAAUGUAUAUACAUCACUAUGCAUUUAAGGGUUAACAGUUUGGAGUAAGUGCGUUUUGUCAUUAUCCGAUCUGAUAUCGGAUGUAAGCGCCAUCUUUGACAUUUGCCUUUGAUAUUCUUCCCACAUCGGAUAGUAUAAUGUGAAAACGCUCUAACACUCGCACGGGGUAUGCUAUCAAAUUCGCGCCCAAUUUAUCUACAACUGCCUCUGUCCAUCCAUCCAGCUACAGUAGAUGGAUCAAACGUUUUGUAAUAGUGUCAAAAUAUAUUGAACUACACCGUGUUUUUUUUAAUUCCGUUAACUUUAAGGGAAGGUUCUUUAGGUACAAUACAAUUAAUUUCUCUAAGAAACUAUAGCGUCCUAACUCACGGUAAUCGAAUUAUUAAAAAAAUAAAUUGAAUUACUGAAUACGUGUGUGGAGCUCCUUACCGCUUCCUUAUAUUAUUUGUUUUGACAUGUGCUGUCAGAAACUUGACACUGAAUUUAAUCGAAGAGGAUCGAAUUUCUAGAGAGUUACUGCCAAAGAAUAAUGUGUAGUCACAGUGCAUAGACUGCCAUCUCUCGACACAAGCUUAAAACUUUUGUUCUUUUGAACCUCAGUUUUGACAAUUUGGCCCAUAUUGUUAGCUUGAUAUGUGUUAAA